CUGCCGCCGCCAUGUUUGUCAUGGGCUCUUGCCCUUAGGGACCAAGAGGAGACAGUGGACUCCAGCAAGAAGAGGCUUCUAGAGGCUGCCUGCAUUCCUCAGCUCACGCCCCUCUUCCAUCUUCAAAGCCAGCAAUGGCUGGUCAACGCUCACGUUACAUCACUCCGACUCUUUGGCCUCCCUCUUCGACAUUUAAAGACUCUUGUGAUUACAUUGGAUCUAACCGGAUAACACAGGAUCAUCUUAUUUUAAGGUCAGCUACUUAACAACCUUAAUGCCAUCUGCAAACUUAAUUCCCUCUUGCCAUGUAACAACGUAUUCACAGGUUCCCAGGGAUUAGGAUGUGCACAUCUUAGGAGUGGGAGGGCACACGUUUUUCUGCCUACCACAGGAGGCCUCCCCCAACAAAGGCCGCUGUGUCCUGGGACCAGUUCUUAGAGUGGACAGAGGGUGAGGCUCCCUUCUUGGAACUGUGGGGUAGGGAGUGUUAGGUAGAUACGCUAGCCCAGUCCUAGCAGCUGCCCUCAACUAGGUCACUGGCCCAAGUUAGACUUGGGAGAGUAGCUCAGUUGGGAAUAAACAAAUGUCACAUCACCAAGGUGAGUGUCAAAGACGUUACCAGAGGGUACCUGGGCUUUAAGGGAUGCGGAGAACCUGGGAGAACCUGUGGAGGUGACAGGUAAUGCUGCUUGAGUCCGCAGAAGAGGGGGAAGGAAAGUCUGAUGGCCUGGCAGCCCAGCAGCUGGGAGACAGUAUCGGUUUUCAUCAUCCAGCAACUACCACCCACCCCACUGGGAAGGAGAGAGGUGGAGGGUUGUGCGCUGCAGCCAGAAGGGCCUGGAGCUCAGACAGGGCUCCCCAUCUGGAUGAAGUAAUCUUUCUUUGCUCCAAGUAGCUUCUGGGAUUUGGAAUCAGUUGGACUGAGUUCAAAUACCACUGCACUAUUUACAGACUGUGUGACCCUGGGAAAAUGGCCUAACAUCUCUGAGUCUCUGGUUCCUUAUCAAAUGAGAAUAUCACAUGUUUUUCACAGUUAAGAAUCAGAAGUUCUUACAUAACAGUUCUAAAGCAGGACUGUGCGAGAGUCUGAAAGAAGCCCCAGCAUGAAUUCAUGAUAAGGCUAAUGUCUUGAGACAGACAUGGAGUUGAAUUUUGCCUUACCGUAACUGGCUGGGUGAAUGUGGGCAAGUUGUGGUGAAGCCAACCAUGAGUAAAGGCCUCAGCGUCUAGCUUGGAGCCAGCAGGCUCAUCCAAUGUAGACAAAGGCUGGCUGGCUCCUGGCCAGCUCAAGGUGUUUCCCUUUGCCUGGAAACCGGGAGGUGUGGCUGAGGCAGGCCAUGGAGGAGAGUUCAACUAAAAAGUGGUGGAGGGGAAUCCUGCUCUGGACCUCUCCGGCUCCCCCAAAUGUUGGGGACCAGUUUCUCGGGGCUGAAGGAGACAAGCGAGCGGGGAGCUACCUGGGAGGAGCAUUUCAGGGCUGAGGGCUUGAAAAAGCCUUGGGUCCUCAUUGCCUGCUGGGAGCCUGAGGUUCGGGCCCAGCCUUGGGACAACAGGUGUGGACCAGGCCGCAGUAAAAAUGCCCGCCGCCUGAGCUUCAGACCAUGCACUCGUUCAGCUGCCUGGCGCCCGGGGACGGCAUCUGGCCUCCGCUGCAGCCCCUCACCUACACCUACCUGCCGGCCCCUCUGCUGCUGCCCCCCAUCCAGGCCCACAACUUCUGCAGCCGGCCCCGGAGCCUGAGCGCGGGCGAGUGGGCCGCCCCGCGGGAAUACCACUGCUUCCACGGCCCGGGUGCGCCCCUGGGGGCCGUGCCGCCCUUGUGGGUCUUCCCGCAGGCCUACGCCGCCCCCGGCUACCUGGGGCCGUCGCCUCAGGCGCCCGCAGCGGCGGGGAUGGCGGCGGCCGAGAGCGCGGCGCCGUGGCCAGAGGGCGGCCGCCUGCAGGCUGAGCUGCGCUGGGGCCACGUGGUGCGUGCGCUGGGUCCGCGCCUGGAGCUGCCCGACUUCGUGCGGCGGGAGCUGCGGCGCGUGUACGGCACGUACCCGCGCACCGACGUGCGCGUCACCUACCGCGGCGGCGAGUUCCUGCUGCAGGCGGCGCCGCGCGUGCGCGAGCUCGAGGACCGCGUGCGGAGGAUCGUGCUGCGCCCGCCCGCCAGCAGCAGCAGCGGCUGCGGGGACAGCGGCCCGGGCCGGGAAGCGGCGGAGCGCGGCGGCGGCGGGAAGAAGAGGGCAGUCCUCAGCUGAGGGCGCCGCACGGCCCGGCGGCCGGCCCGCGUGCGCUCGCGCCGCUCUCCUCCAUGCGCCCUCCGCCGCCAGCCGGGAGGAGGGAGGUCUCAGCUGUGCGUUGGAGCCCAGUGCACCUGU